UUAUGUUCAUUGUAGUGUAUGUAUUUCAGGCUUUCAAUUAAUCCUUACGCUUUCGAUGCACAAUACAUAUGCUGUUAUGAAACACACUCUUUAUAUCAUCGUUCUGCUGGUACAACUUUUUCUGUACUGUUUUGCCGGACAAACGUUGGAAUUUCAAUCUGGAGAACUAGCUUCUGCGAUUUAUGAUACACCAUGGUACACUUUCGACGUGAGCGUGAUGAAGAGUUUACCAUUGAUGAUUCUUCGCGCAGCUAAUCCUCAUUGUUUAACUGCAGGAAAAUUUCUAGCGAUAAAUUUCAUGAGCUUUAAGGAAAUUUUGAAAGCUUCCGCUUCGUAUUUGUCUGUAUUAAGAGUAAUGCUAGAAACAUGAGCAGGGAUUUCUUUAGUAAAGAAAAUAUUU